AGUCGUCGGAUCGCACGCGGGGCUCCACCCCCUGUAGCCUAGCCCUUCUCGCCGCCUCCUCCCACGCAGAGUCCGCGUGGCGGGGCGCGCGCGCACUCGGUCAGGCUCGGAGACUGCUAGUCUACCGGGCCGCGGCAGUAGGGAGAGAGGGCGGGGCUGUUUCCUUUGGGGCCCCGCCCCCUUUGGUCCGGCGUCCCUACCGCGCCUGCGCGCUCCCGCCCGGUCUCCAUCUUGGAAUUGGGAGGAAGAGGGAGAGGGAGAGGGAGACCGGGACGAGGUUGGGGCUGUGGUGCGGAGAGAGGCUGAAACGAAGAGGAGAGGGAGAGAGGGCGCGGGGACCGUCAGCAGCUCCUUAGCUACAAUCUUUCAGCUAUUCUCGGAAAAGAGAAGGGGAGAGGGAGGAGGUCGGGGCGGGAGUGGGGGCUGUCACCUUUGGACCCCGGCGUGAGAGGGGCCGUGCGGCCGGACGUCCUCGCGGUGGGCCCCCUGUCGGUGGCCGAAGACCUGGGGCUCAGGCCCCCUGGGUCCCAAAUUUCCGGGCUUUGCCCCUCCCUUCUCAAAUACCCAGGUAUCAGUCCUCAUAUUCCAGAUAUCUGGGACUCGGGUCCCAACCUCUUUAAACCUGGGUCUGUGUUUCUUAGGAUUUCAAAUAUCUGGGGUUCAGGCCCCUGCGUGCACCAGUAUCCGGGGUUCAUCCCCCAGGCCUUCAAAUAUUGGAUUCAUUUUUCCCUCCGUUGAGAUAUUCGGGGUUCAGCAACUGUCGCCCUCGAAGAGGGGGAGGACUGGACCGCGAGGUCAGAUUAGGCUGUCACCCCCUCCCCUCCAGUGGAGGCUUCCCGGGCCCGCCCCUCAGGAAGGGCGAAAGCUGAGGAAGAGGUGGCAAGGGGAAAGGUCUCCUUGCCCCUCUCCCUGCUUGGCAGAGCCGCUGGAGGACCCCAGGCGGAAGCGGAGGCGCUGGGGCAUCAUAGUGACCCCUACCAGGCCAGGCCCCACUCUCAGGGCCCCCGGGGGCCACCAUGCCAGCUGGGGGCCGGGCCGGGAGCCUGAAGGACCCUGAUGUGGCUGAACUCUUCUUCAAGGAUGACCCUGAAAAACUCUUCUCUGACCUUCGGGAAAUUGGCCAUGGCAGCUUUGGAGCCGUGUACUUCGCCCGGGAUGUCCGGAAUAGCGAGGUGGUGGCCAUCAAGAAGAUGUCCUACAGUGGGAAGCAAUCGAAUGAGAAGUGGCAGGACAUCAUCAAGGAGGUGCGGUUCUUACAGAAGCUCCGGCAUCCCAAUACCAUUCAGUACCGGGGCUGUUACCUGAGGGAGCACACAGCUUGGCUGGUGAUGGAGUAUUGCCUGGGCUCAGCUUCUGACCUUCUAGAAGUGCAUAAGAAGCCCCUUCAGGAGGUAGAGAUUGCAGCUGUGACCCAUGGGGCGCUUCAGGGCCUGGCAUAUCUGCACUCCCACAACAUGAUCCAUAGGGAUGUGAAGGCUGGAAACAUCUUGCUGUCAGAGCCAGGGUUGGUGAAACUGGGGGACUUUGGCUCUGCAUCCAUCAUGGCACCCGCCAACUCCUUCGUGGGCACCCCUUACUGGAUGGCACCCGAGGUGAUCCUGGCAAUGGAUGAGGGGCAGUAUGAUGGCAAAGUGGAUGUCUGGUCCUUGGGGAUAACCUGCAUCGAGCUGGCGGAACGGAAACCACCACUGUUUAACAUGAAUGCGAUGAGUGCCUUAUACCACAUUGCACAGAAUGAGUCCCCCGUGCUCCAGUCAGGACACUGGUCUGAUUACUUCCGGAAUUUUGUUGACUCCUGUCUUCAGAAAAUCCCUCAAGACAGACCAACCUCUGAGGUUCUUCUAAAGCACCGCUUUGUGCUCCGGGAGCGGCCUCCCACAGUCAUCAUGGACCUAAUCCAGAGAACCAAGGAUGCUGUGCGGGAACUAGACAACCUGCAGUACCGCAAGAUGAAGAAGAUCCUGUUCCAAGAGGCACCCAAUGGCCCUGGCACUGAGGCCCCAGAGGAGGAAGAGGAGGCGGAGCCCUACAUGCAUCGGGCUGGGACACUGACCAGCCUAGAGAGUAGCCACUCAGUGCCCAGCAUGUCCAUCAGUGCCUCCAGCCAGAGCAGCUCAGUCAACAGUCUAGCAGAUGCCUCAGACAACGAGGAGGAAGAGGAGGAGGAGGAGGAAGAGGAGGAAGAGGAAGAAGGCCCUGAAGCUCGGGAGAUGGCUAUGAUGCAGGAAGGAGAGCACACAGUCACCUCUCACAGCUCCAUCAUUCACCGGCUGCCGGGUUCUGACAACCUGUAUGAUGAUCCCUACCAGCCAGAGAUUACCCCAGGCCCUCUCCAGCCACCUGCAGCCCCAGCUCCCACCUCUACCACGUCCUCUGCCCGCCGCCGGGCCUACUGCCGCAACCGGGACCACUUUGCCACUAUCCGUACUGCUUCCCUAGUCAGCCGUCAGAUCCAGGAACAUGAGCAGGACUCAGCGUUGCGGGAGCAACUGAGUGGCUAUAAGCGGAUGCGACGACAGCACCAGAAGCAGCUGCUGGCCCUGGAGUCGCGGCUGAGGGGUGAACGUGAGGAGCAUAGUGCACGGCUGCAGCGGGAGCUUGAGGCACAGCGGGCCGGCUUUGGUGCUGAGGCAGAAAAGCUGGCACGUCGGCACCAGGCCAUCGGUGAGAAGGAGGCACGAGCUGCCCAGGCUGAGGAGAGGAAGUUCCAGCAGCACAUCCUUGGGCAGCAGAAGAAGGAGCUGGCUGCCCUGCUGGAGGCACAGAAGCGGACCUACAAACUUAGGAAGGAGCAGUUAAAGGAGGAGCUUCAGGAGAACCCUAGCACACCCAAGCGGGAGAAGGCUGAGUGGCUUCUACGGCAGAAGGAGCAGCUACAGCAGUGCCAGGCAGAGGAGGAGGCAGGGCUGCUGCGGCGGCAGCGCCAGUACUUCGAGUUGCAGUGUCGCCAGUACAAGCGCAAAAUGCUGCUGGCUCGGCACAGUCUAGACCAGGACCUGCUUCGAGAGGACUUGAACAAGAAACAGACUCAGAAGGACUUGGAGUGCGCGUUGCUGCUUCGGCAGCAUGAGGCCACACGGGAGCUGGAGCUGCGGCAGCUUCAGGCCGUACAACGCACACGGGCUGAGCUCACUCGCCUGCAGCACCAGACGGAGCUGGGCAACCAGCUGGAGUACAACAAGCGCCGUGAGCAAGAGUUGCGGCAGAAGCAUGCGGCCCAGGUUCGCCAGCAACCCAAGAGCCUCAAAGUACGUGCAGGCCAGCGCCCCCCGGGCCUCCCGCUCCCCAUUCCUGGGGCUCUGGGACUACCCAGCACAGGCACCCCUAGAGAAGAGCAGCCCUGCUCAUCUGGCCAGGAGGCAAUCCUGGACCAAAGAAUGCUGGGAGAGGAGGAGGAAGCAGUUCCAGAGAGAAGGAUUCUGGGAAAGGAAGGGGCCAUCUUGGAGCCAGAGGAGCAGAGGAUUUUGGGGGCAGAAUCAGGAGCUCCUAGUCCCAGUCCACAAAAACAUGGGAAUCUGGUUGAUGAGGAAGUUUGGGGUCUACCUGAGGAGGAGAUAGAGGAACUUAGAGUUCCAUCCCUGGCACCUCAGGAGAGGAGCAUUGUUGGCCAGGAGGAGGCUGAGACGUGGAAGUUGUGGGGGAAAGAGGAUGGGAGCCUUUUGGAUGAGGAAUUUGAGCUUGGCUGGGUCCAGGGCCCAGCACUGACUCCAGUCCCUGAGGAGGAGGAGGAAGAGGAGGAAGGGGCUCCAAUUGGGACCCCUAGGGAUCCUGGAGAUGGCUGUCCCUCCCCAGACAUCCCCCCUGAGCCCCCUCCAACACAUCUGAGGCCUGGCCCUGUUAGCCAACUCCCUGGACUCCUGUCCCAUGGCCUCCUGGCGGGCCUCUCCUUUGCAGUGGGGUCCUCCUCUGGCCUCCUGCCCCUUCUGCUGCUGCUGCUGCUCCCACUGCUGGCAGCCCAAGGUGGAGGUGGCCUGCAGGCAGCACUGUUAGCCCUUGAAGUGGGGUUGGUGGGCCUGGGGGCCUCCUACCUGCUUCUUUGUACAGCUCUGCACCUGCCCCCCAGUCUUUUCCUACUCCUGGCCCAGGGUACUGCCCUGGGCGCUGUCCUGGGCCUGAGCUGGCGCCGAGGCCUUAUGGGUGUGCCUUUGGGCCUUGGAGCUGCCUGGCUUCUAGCUUGGCCAAGCCUGGCUCUACCUCUGGCGGCUAUGGCAGCUGGGGGCAAAUGGGUGCGGCAGCAGGGCCCCCGGAUGCGCCGGGGCAUCUCUCGACUCUGGUUGCGCGUUCUGCUGCGCCUGUCACCCAUGGCCUUCCGAGCCCUACAGGGCUGUGGGGCUGUGGGGGACCGGGGUCUGUUUGCACUCUACCCCAAAACCAACAAGGAUGGCUUCCGCAGCCGCCUACCUGUACCUGGGCCCAGGCGGGGUAAUACUCGCACUACCCAAAACCCAUUAGCCCUGUUGGCAAGGGUUUGGGCCCUGUGCAAGGGCUGGAACUGGCGCCUGGCACGGGCCAGCCAGGGUUUAGCGUCCCGCUUGCCCCCCUGGGCCAUCCACACACUGGUCAGCUGGGGUCUACUUCGGAGUGAACGGCCCAGCCGUAUCCCUCGGCUGCUGCCACGCAACCAGCGCCGGCUAGGGACCCCUGCCUCCCGCCAGCCGCAGCCAGGAACUUUAGCUGGGCGGAGAUCUCGAAACCGCCAAUCCCGAACCCUACCUCCCUGGAGGUAACCAACUCCAGCCCUUCCCCAGCCCAAAUCUAGAGCAUCGAGCACUUUAUUUCCCAAGACUCAGUGAAAUUUCUCCAGUCUCCAGUCUUCUCGUCCCUUUCACCCCGCCUUCAUCAGUAUGCUCCCUCACCCUAAGCCUAGGCCUUCAGAACUCUAGACAGGCAGCCUCCUCCACCAUGGAGUCCAGAAGUUAAACUUUGUGUUCUCCUGACACUCCUCCUCCCUAAGUUAUUGCUGUUCUCCCACUAUGUGUGUGCUCAUCCUCACCCUCAUUGACUCAGGCCUGGGGCCAGGGAGGGGUGGUGGGUGGGAAAAAUCAUGGUUUUUUCUCCUCUUUGAUUUUGUUUUUCUGUCUCCCUUCCAACCUGUCCCCUCCCCCCCACCAAAAAAAGAAAAAGACAAACACAAAUAAAAUAUCUGAGCGGAACUAUACCUUUGG